CGAAAAAAAUUAUGGCCAGGGAAGUCUUACGCAUAGAAAGUAGACGAGUACAGGUGAUCGUCGGAUCGGACGCAAUGCUGAUAACACCAAAGACGAAGGCAAGCCAAGCGAGGGACGCAAUCUCGAGCAUAUAAAAAUGUCUGCUGGUCUGCUCCCGUGUCAUGCUGAAGAGAGUCCCACUUUUUCGGUAGACGAGCCUCGGCUGCACAACGCUUGUCUUGUUGUGAGAUAUUUGCAGGAAGACUGCGGCCAGGGCGGCGCCAUGGCCGUGGAUUUGUCUAGUGUUGUUGUGAAGCUGGGGAUCCCCCAGCUCGGGGCCUCCGAUUACGCGUCGGUGGUGUCGAUCAACAUCUUCGUGGCGCUCAUCUGUGCUUGCAUCGUGAUUGGCCAUCUGUUGGAGGAGAAUCGGUGGAUGAAUGAGUCCAUUACGUCGUUAAUUAUUGGGCUGUGCACCGGCGCCGUGAUUCGUCUCUUGUCGCAAAGCAAGAACUCGCAUGUUAUGGUCUUCAGUGAAGAUCUCUUCUUUAUCUAUGUGCUUCCGCCUAUAAUUUUCAACGCAGGGUUCCAAGUAAAGAAAAAACAGUUCUUCCGCAACUUCAUUACAAUUAUGUUGUUUGGCGCUGUAGGGACAUUGAUCUCCUUUUUCAUAAUUUCACUCGGUGUUAUAGAAUUUUUCAGAAAAAUGAAUAUAGGCGCAUUGGACAUUGGAGAUUAUCUUGCUAUCGGUGCAAUCUUUUCUGCUACAGAUUCUGUUUGCACUUUGCAGGUGCUUAGUCAGGAUGAGACACCUUUGCUUUAUAGCUUGGUGUUUGGUGAAGGAGUUGUAAAUGAUGCUACGUCAGUGGUGCUUUUUAAUGCAAUUCAGAAAUUUGAUCUAGUUAAUAUUGACUUGACUGUAGUGUUACAGUUUGUAGCAAAUUUCUUUUAUCUGUUUUUAACCAGCACCUUGCUUGGAGCAGUUGCAGGAUUACUCAGUGCUUACAUUAUUAAACAGUUGUAUUUCGGAAGGCAUUCAACUGAUCGUGAAGUUGCUCUUAUGAUACUUAUGGCUUAUCUUUCUUAUAUGCUGGCUGAAUUGCUGGAUUUAAGUGGUAUUCUUUCUGUAUUCUUUUGCGGAAUAAUAAUGUCACACUAUACCUGGCAUAAUGUUACGGAGAGCUCUAGGGUCACUACAAAGCACGCCUUUGUAACAUUGUCAUUUAUUGCCGAAAUUUUCCUUUUUCUUUAUGUUGGAACUGAUGCACUAGACAUUGAGAAGUGGAAAUUUGUCAGUGACAGGAACUUAGGAGCACAGGAAGUUGAGCGAAAGACGCAGCUAGCAAGAAGGACAACACACGGAGCCGAGAAAGACGAAUACACAUGGACAAAGAAGGAGCAAGCCAACUUUGUGACUAAUGGAAAAGCAGAGUUCCAUCUACUCAACGUUCUUCCACCCCAGGAGGUCAGUCGAAUCGGAAACUAUGACUCCGACAAAGAUCUCUGGAAAAAAUUCCUAGAGCUUCACGAAGAUACCUUGGAAUCCAAACUGGCUAAGCGGGACAUCCUUCGAAGCCAACUGACAAACCUCCAGAUGAACAAGGGAGAGAAGGUAGCCCAACUCCAUGUAAGAAUCAAAGAUCUGAUCACCCAGCUCAACAACCUCGGAGAAAAGGAAAUAGAGAAAUCAAAUAAUAUUACUCUAAAAGCCAAGAAGGAUGAAUCAUACGUUGACAGCUCCUUCGAUGACAAUGAAACAAUAUACAUGGCAAAGAAAAGAAUAGCAAGGAAGGUAAGAUGCUAUAACUGCAAUGAAAAGAGGCACAUUAAGGAUGACUGCCCAAAACUGAAGAAGAAAAACAAGAAGGGGCCAACCACAACAAAGCAUAAAAUCCUGAAAGUGAUGUGGGACGAGUCGUCAUCAGAGUCAGAUCUAGAUGAGUACGCUGGACUUGCACUGAUGGUAAGCCACCAGGAGGAGAGCAUAGAUUAA